AUGACAUCGGAUGCCUCUCCGUUGUGUUGUUGUGAGUUCCAAAACCUUCAUGGCCAAAGAUCCCAUAUCCUUGCAUUUUGUUGUGAAUGUGAUGAGCUGGACAACGCAGUCGAUCAGUGCCUUAAAGGAAACAGAGUGCCAAGAGAGAAAGUGGCUGCAGUAUUCUCGGUUAUUUCCGAUCGCAUUCGCAUUCCUUGGUUUAAUGGUGCUCUCAAAAUAGAGCUCGGAAUCAUUGCUCCUGUUUUAGUUUUAAUUGUUACUCUUCACGUUGCAAGUUAUGGACUUGUUUUCACUGUUCUAGCAAUGGUCCACCUACCUGUAUUUAUUCUUAUAUAUACUUUCUCUGCGCUGAACCGACGAAAGAGGACUUGGUUCUUUGUAAGCUGGGUUUUAUCAUCUCUAAUUGGUAUUUUUUACCUAUAUCUUCUGAAUGUUGCUCCUUUCUAUUCUUAUACCAUCUCUGCAAUUAUUUCUGCCGGCUUUUGUGUUGUAUUACUACUAUACCUGCGUGUUAUCUUUUCAAGAAGGCUCCUUGCCUCUCAUUCCCUGAUUUCUAAAUCAUCAUCCCAGAAUGGUCCAAACCACAUGUCUUCAAGUCUGAAGGACCUAACGUGCUGUUUAUGUACUGAGGGGCCAUUCAUUAGAGCAAAACACUGCAGGUAGAGUACAAGCAGCACUAACUUACAUGGAAACCCUAGAGUCCACAAAUUAGUGUCCUUAAUAACGAGAUGCCAUAAUAGAGAGGGGAAUUGAUGACAUCGCAAAAAUUAUGGGGUUGGUUAGCAUAUCCAGAAAAAACAAGAUGAAAAAAUGGUCAUGUAGUAAAAAUCAGCCUCUUAGUGUAAAUUGCUGGGGAGAUAUAAGCAUUGUUAUGCUCUAGUGACUCCACAUGAAUACUCCCAUACUAGGCUUUGAUCAUAAGUGUUAUGAUCCAAGUCAAUUUUUGAAGGGUUUGUAUGGAAUCAUCGAAGCUUAACCAUGCUUAGAUCUCCCCACCAAUUUGCAUUGACAGGCUGAUUUUUGGCAAGAGGGCUUUUUCAUCUUGUUCUUUCUGAACAUGCCAACCAGUCCCAUAAUUUCACAAAUAUAAAAUAUGAAUUUUUGUGACGGCAAACUUCUUUACUCUAUAGCAGGAGUUUAUUUUGGUCAAACAUCUGUAAUUUACUUUUGCUCGAGAUUUAGCUACUGUCUGUAUUAUAGUGGUGCACACAAAAGCAAGUUGUCAGCAUGGUGAUAGUUGACUGUAAAAACCAUUACAGUGGAACCUUGAUAUAAUGAACGAUUUUCUCUACCCCAGUAGCAGGAAAAAAAUAUCAAAAAGAACCUCGACAUAACGAAACCUCAUUAUAACAAACAAAUUUUUCCAGUCCCUUGGCCCUUCGUUAUAUCAAGGUUCCACUGUAUUAUGUCCUACUUGUCAAAUUUACAUGGCAUCUCAGUUGGCCACUCAAGUUCACAUCUAUUUGACCUUACUACCUGUGUCCCAAGAUUGCUCACUGGUGUAAAAAACUAAACACACUUUCUUAUUCCCACUGAAGAAGAAAAACAGAUGAGUUUUCCAUGUCCUGAAACACCUACUGCCACAUAUGUGUCCAACUAUGCUUUAAGGUGGUAACUGCUAUGUGUUUUUUGUUUUUGUUUGGUUUGGAUUUUUUUUCCUGCUGAUCCUGACUAAGACCAUGGAACCUACAGCUAUAAAUGUGGCAAAAUAAUGAAUGAGUUGAAUGGUAGUUAUACCCUUAAUAAAAAUUAUUAAUACUUGACAGUGCAUAGUGUAAUGUGACUCUUGUCUUGAAUAGGAUUUGUGGCUACUGUGUUCCAAGAUCUGAUCAUCAUUGUGUCUGGUGAGUGAUAUUAUGUGAUUGAAAUAUUAUACAACUAUCCCCCGAAGGGGAGGUGAAUAGUGGGGGAUAUAUAGCGAGACACAAAACGUCAAGGUAUAUAUCUAGCGCUGUGAACCGACCCUGAGGGGGAUUUUUUUAGUUGUUUUACUAUUUACAAAUCAGUUGGAAAAAAUAAAAAAGUAACAUUUUGUAAAUAAAAAGAGACUCCUAUAAAGUCUGGGAGUGUUUUCUGGGAGUAUUGGGAGAAGAGAAAAUGUAAAUGAAAAACAACGAAAUGGAAGAAGAGAGCUUUUAGCUGUGAUUGGGAUCUUUGUGAUGAUAUAACAUGUGAUAUUCAAGAGGAGCUUUUGGGUAAAACUGUUUUAAAAAUCUUGUAUCAUUGCAGGACAAACUGCUGCAUUGGCCAACACAAUCACCGGGCAUUUCUCGGAGCCAUCUUCUUAUUUAUUGUCACUGGUCUCUGGGGUGUCUAUCUUUCCUUUUUCACUAUCUGUAAAUCUUUGAGUGGAAAGAUUCUCCAUUUGGAUUGUUCAGAUGUCUAUUCAGAUUCCAGGUAAGCUUCCUUGAAUAGUGCCAUUUUAGCCACCCAUACCUUAUUAGUGAUGAGAGUCUCUAGCUGCAUGCAUGCACAGGGCACAGUGAUAAUUUAACCUUGAUUUCAGUUAAAUAAAAUUUUGCGACAUGAAUUGGCCUUAUUUAUUGUAGAAUAUAUAUGAAAAUGACUAAUUGAAGCAAUAUUCAGUCUUGAUCAAAUUUGAUAAAGAAUUACCCAUACAUUGGAAGCUGCUACAUAAGAAAAUGAUAUUUUUUUAACUUAGGGGCUGUUUACAUAGAGGUAGAGGACCCUAGGUAGGUGAGGUAAACCACUUAGGCAGGGCUAAUUUCCCGCCUGUCAGUAUAAUCUCUCAUAUGGUCACCCCACCUUUCAUGUUAAGGUGAUGAAAUUAAAAUGAGAGAUUAUUUUGACAGGCAGGUUACCCCACCUAAACAGGUUACCUCACCUACCUGGGGUCCCCCACCUCCAUGUAAACAUGCCCUGAAUAGUUUAUGGUUUUUAGGAGAGGCCUACAGCUGACUUUAUGGUAUUCAUCUCUGUGUCUUAUAUUUGAAACACUGUAGCACAUUUUAACAUCCACUAUUCCUUUUCAGGUCUGCAGUUGUUUUUGUUGCAUGUUGGUACACGAUUCUGUUUAUUUUUGGAAUGAGUUCACUUCUGGUACAGCAGCUUCUGUUCAUCAGUUUCAACAUAACUGGUGAUGAAUGGAGAAGAUCUUUGAGAAAGAAGUCAUUUUGGGAAGUCCUGUGGACACAUCAAUAUAACAAGGGAUUCCUAAGAAACUGGAUAGUAUUUCUGUUCUCCAAAGAUAUUAGAGCUGGAAUUGCUGAAGAAGUGGUUUAG